CCCAUGCUAUUGCCACUUCAGAAAGUGAUAAGAAGAGUUGAGCUAAGUGUCUCAGUAACAGCAUUUCUGUUGGGGAAUGCCAGACUUCAGGUGUUGUGAGGAUGGCCCUCGGCUGGUGCAUUGGGAGAUAAAGCGUCGGCACUGGCUGCUAGUGGGUGCCUGUGGCUGGGUCCUCAUGUUCAUGGUAGCCAGCCGAUUCAUCAACCACAUGCGGGCGCCCGAUGACUACAGUAGUAAGGCAGAGUCACGGUCCUGGCCUGAGCUGACCAUCCACACAGUGAAACCUCAAAGACCAGCAUUGCAUUCUAACAAUGUGUCGACUGCAGCAGUCUUAUCCACCGUCCCGUCGGACUGGCACUCAGUGGUGGAGAAGCGCCUGGACAUGCUGGCUGCUGUCUGCAAGAACAGCUCCCUACGAAACUACACCCACACGCCCAUCAAUAAGUUCCUCCUGGACCGCAUCUUCGUCUGCGACAAGCAUAAGAUCCUCUUCUGCCAGACCCCCAAGGUUGGCAACACGCAGUGGAAGAAGGUCCUCAUUGUUCUCAAUGGGAAAUACUCCAAAGUGGAGGACAUUCCAGAACCAUUGGUCCAUAAUCAUAAGAAGAAUGGCUUGCCACGCCUUUCAUCCUUAAAGGAGAACGAGAUCAAAGAAAGACUGGACAAUUACUUCAAAUUCUUCAUCGUACGUGACCCUUUCGAGCGCAUCAUUUCCGCCUACAAGGACAAGUUUGUGAAGAACCCGCGCUCUGAACCCUGGUACAAGCAUGACAUUGCGCCCGCCAUCAUCCGCAAGUACCGCAAGAUGCGCCAGGACACUGAGGACUCGAGCGCCCCCCGACACGCCCGAGGACUGCGCUUCGAGGACUUUGUGCGCUACCUGGGCGACUCCGUUGGCCAAAAGCAACUGAACAAAAAGUUCAGGCAGUAUGUGAUCCACUGGAUAACGUACGUGAAGCUGUGCGCCCCGUGCGACAUCAAUUACGACGCAGUGGGCCACCACGAGACGCUGGAUCGCGAUGCGCCCUACAUCCUCAAGGCGGCUGGCAUCGACAACCUGGUGUCCUACCCCACCAUCCCGCCGGGCAUCACGCGCUACAACCGCACCAAAGUGGAGAGCUACUUCUCCGGCAUCAGCAAGCGGGACAUCGGCCGCCUCUACGAGCACUUCAUGGGGGACUUUGAGCUUUUUGGCUACCCACGGCCUGACUUCCUGCUUGACUGAGUUGGCGUUACAAGGAGCGCUAGAGAAAGCACCUUCUAUCAGAGGCGGAUUAACUGAAUUGAGAAAUUGAUAUGGCCUGGCGUGCAUUCUAUUCUGCCUGCACUGUAGCUUAACUUGCUGAAGUGCCUACUGUAUGGAUCAGUGGGCUUUUAGGGAAUCGUUUGGACUGAAUAUGUGGCAGGACUUUUACUUUCUGAACCCGGGAUGGCAGCCCUCUGCCUCCCAUUAGGCUAAUGUAGCAUCCAUCUUAGCAUGAGGUACAGGUGGCCAACCCCCCGUACCAGAUUUAACUGAUGGCUUUGGCUGUUCUCAGGAUUCCAUGCAUUCCUAUGGCUCACAGCUCUGAUAGUCUUCACUAGGAGGAGCUAUGUCUGUGGGAGGAGCCGAUUGGGCGCGAAAAUCGCAAAGAUGGCUGCGCCCAGUCAAUCCGAAAUUCUGCUAGUGCCUUGAACCGCCCAUUGCCAGUCUAGGUUUGUCUAUGAUGCAGACAUUGGGUUGGUCUAGCUAGCAUCACACCAUAGGGUAUAAUCCUAGCUGGGCAAGAAUUGUGGCCUGGCUCUGUCCUCUAUUUCAAACAUGAUCUGCAAAAAUUCUCUGCUCCUGGACACGGAUGUUAAGGACACAAAAUCCGUGUCCAGGAGCACGGAUUUUGCCAAAAUUCCGUGCUCCUGGACACAGAAUUAUUUUCCGUGAUGAACACACAGAAGUGCUCUCCCACAGCUUUAUGUGUCCAAAGUCUUAAAAGUCUUUCUAAAAAAAAAAAAAAAAUUCUUACUUUCAGGUUAGGGUUAGGGAUUGUUUUGGUCUGGGCACAGCUAGUUUUCUUUCAUUCAUUAUAUGAAUUUGAUAGCCUAGCAACCAACUGGAAAAGGUAUUUCUCAAAAAUAUGUCUUUAAUGACAGGUUAAGGUUAGGGAAUGUUUUGGUCAGGGCACAACUUAAAUUGCUAUAGCAUUAUUUUGUUUAGGAUUAGUAUUUUGUAUGUAUUUCCUAAUGAUAGAGUUAACACAGUGCUGUGGCAAUAGCCUAUAGAAAGCACUUCCGUGUGCCCAUCACGGAAAACAAUUCCGUGUCCAGGAGCACGGAAAACAAUUCCGUGUCCAGGAGCACAGAAUUUUGGGAAAAUCUGUGCUCCUGGACACGGAUUUCGUGUCCUUAACAUCCGUGUCCAGGAGCACGGAAUUUUUGGAGAUCAGGCUGUCAACGCUCUGGGCUGCGUUUCCCAAAAACUUGUAAGGAGGACUUAAGUAUGAGGUGUCCCCUAGGCAAUAUAUCAUAAAUAGGUCUCACAUCAUCACUAAGUUUAUACAUACACUGUUUUACUUUGCACAUGCACUUUGCGCAAGAAUUGUAUUUGCAUGUGCGAUAAAAAAAACACUGUAUGUAGGCCUAUAAAAGUAUUAUUCAAAUAUUCAUGAAAAAGGUAACAUUAGUGAAUGGGUAGCAUGGAUUCUGGAAAUAAACAACAAAAAAUCCAGCAUAGUGUCCCUUUAAAUAACAUGAUUGAGCUUCAAAACAGCUAAAUGUCAAUAAUCCCCCAAACUACAAUGGUCUACGGAAUUAUUUUAAAGCCAUUUUACUCUAUUUGAAUUGCUGCACAGUACCUGUCUUUUUGCUCUUUAGGGCAGUAUCCCUUCCAAAGGUCAAAAUGAAUUGAUGGCAUAGGUUACAGUUAUGAAGGAUAUAGAAUGUAUAAAUUGUACUGUUUGAGGGGCACCAUUUCUUGCUGUUUGAGUGCUUUGCUCUGUCUUUAGAGAGCCACCACAGACCUCAGAGCAGACACUUUGUCAGUGGGUGAGCAAUGUAAUAUUAAACAUGAGCCAGUAGAGACAACACACCAUAGAGGUAGAAAAUAACACUAGAGAGGACACGGCAAUUUGCGACAGCACUGGGAAAUGGCAGCUGGAGCUUCCCAACUUCCGUAGGUAGUGUAGGUACCUUUAGGCAAUGCAAGUCAAUGGAGAACACGCCCAUCCCUGUCAAGAAAUUGACUAAAACUUUGUAAAUAUGAAGUAACACUUUAAUCAAAGACCAGAUUUGAAAUGUCAGGCUAAAUAUCUACUUAAAUCAUAUGAGUCGAUAAAAUACAUUUCAAAAUCAAAUAAUAUCUUUUACGAACAUAGUUAGCAACACACUUCAACUAUUGUCCUUGUAUAGUGUGUUGGUGGACAUUUUCACAUGAUUAAGCCAUUUUUGACAGAGGUGAGCCUCGUUCUCCGUUAAUUUCCAUUUCUCUGACCUACCUACAGAUAAUGGCCGCUACAGAUUGCCGUAAAAAGGGGGGCGGGGUCCUCUCUAGUGUUAUUUUCUACCUCUAUGCAACACACCCAGCUUGUGCAUCAUGACCUCACUUCAUUUACAUGAUGUCAUUUCCUGUCUACAGGACACUCCUUCCUUCACGGUACACGAGUUCUUUCCAUUGUCCUAACUCCCGUCCUCCCUCGUGCUUGUGGCCUUGUGAUGACCUCAUUGACCACAAACGUUUUUUCAAUACCUCGCAAAAGCACAAUUCCUAGUCAAGAUGUUAAAGGGGGAAAAGUCCCCCAAAAAGUUGUUGUGGCUAGAGUGACAGCGGGGAAAGUUAAAUGUUUUCUCCACGGAGAC